UACAUUCCCCUUCAGGCCGUCAAUAUUAACGCCAAACAGUAAUUUAAAUGGGCCCUCAAGUUCCCCAUAAUUGAGAUUUUCUUUUGAGCUGAAUUAAUGGCUAUUCAUUCGGCUGCCUCGAGCUUCAGCUGUGUCUCCUUGAAUCGUCAAGCUUCUGGGUCAUCCCACAGGUUAUUGAGGCCCUUCGUUCUCUGCCAGUGCGAAGUCAAGUCACUGGUUUUUUCUUCGCAGUCGCCGGCUUCAUUUCCAGGCUUUAGACUUCAAGGAAAAGCAUUAGAAAGCAAUAGUGGGCCAUUGGAAAAGGAAGAGUCUCUUGUGGUUUGUUUUGGGGAAAUGCUGAUUGAUUUCGUCCCAACAACAGGUGGCAUCUCCUUGGCUGAAGCACCUGCAUUUAAGAAAGCUCCUGGUGGUGCACCUGCUAAUGUUGCCGUUGGCAUAGCUCGCCUUGGUGGUUCAUCAGCUUUUAUUGGGAAGGUGGGUGAAGAUGAAUUUGGUCACAUGCUUGCUGAUAUUUUGAAAGAGAACAAUGUGAACAAUGAAGGAAUGCGGUUUGAUCCUGGUGCUCGAACUGCUUUAGCAUUUGUAACGCUCAGAAAAGAUGGGGAACGUGAAUUCAUGUUUUAUCGUAAUCCUAGUGCUGAUAUGUUGCUCCAAGUGGCUGAACUUGAUCUUGAUUUGAUUAAGAAGGCCAAAGUUUUCCACUAUGGCUCUAUAAGCUUGAUUACAGAACCUUGCAAAUCGGCCCACAUUGCUGCAGCAAAAGCUGCAAAAAAUGCUGGUGUGAUUUUAUCGUAUGAUGCAAAUUUGAGGCUACCACUGUGGCCAUCAGCAGAAAGUGCUCGAGAAGGUAUCCUUAGCUUAUGGAACGCUGCUGACAUAAUUAAGAUAAGUGAGGAGGAGAUAAGCUUUUUAACCCAAGGGGAAGAUCCAUAUGAUGAUAGCGUCGUUCGUAAAUUGUACCAUCCGAAUCUUAAAUUACUUCUAGUUACCGAAGGCCCAGAUGGUUGCAGAUACUACACCAAGGAGUUCAAUGGAAGAGUUAAGGGUUUGAGUGUGGAUUGCAUUGAUGCAACAGGUGCCGGGGAUGCUUUUGUUGCUGGAAUUUUAUCGCAGAUAGCUGCUGACAUAUCACUAUUUCAGGACGAAAACCGACUGAGAGAUGCUCUGAGAUUUGCAAAUGCUUGUGGUGCCUUGACUGCGACAAAAAGAGGUGCAAUUCCAGCUUUGCCAACUAGAGAAGCUGUGCUAAAUGCCCUACUCAAAUCUUCCCGAGAUGGCACAGAUUUAUCAUUAUAGAUGAUCUAGCAUAAUAAUGUCGAGCUGAUUGCCUGAAAUUUCAAGUUGUGAUAUAGUUCAGGAUUUGAAUCCUGGUUCAGAAAUCUGAUUUCAUUUUAUUUUAAGCAUGCUAGAAUCUCGAGAUGUAAAGUCUUAAGUGAUGGGGGCGUUGAUCUUUCGUGUGUACCAAUACCCUGUGCAAUGUUUAACUUGAACAAUAAUUUAUAAUAUGCCAAAGCUAUGUUUACCA